AGUUUCUAACUUGGUCUAAGUAAUAAUCACAAAAGUUGGUGAAAGGAGAAAAAAAAGUGGUGUAGACGUGGACAGCUGACAUCCUCAGAAAUGGAUAUGGAAUCCAAUUUGUUAGUUACAGACGCAACGCAAAGACAGACAGGUACUCCGAUGGCGGUGACGGCGGAGGUGGCAGUGAGGACGUUGUUGAGCUUAUUAGGUGGUCUGAUGGUGGCGGUGCUCGUUUACACCAUAGCCACCGAUGGCCUCCCUUUCCGUAUGGAACUACUCACCAGGUGGAUGGCAGCAUUACUCAUUGAUUUCUACAUAAAUAUUGCUAUUAUAGGGGCUUGGGUUGUAUACAAGGAAUCAACCUGGGUUAUGGCAGCUCUUUGGGUGCUUUUAUUAAUUUGCUUUGGAAGUGUCACUACUUGUACCUACAUAGUUUUCCAAAUCUACAAGUUGACACCUGAAGAGACUUCAAAGGAUCCUUUCUACUUCGUGUUAGUGAGACACCAGAAAAGUGAUGUCACGGAACACAGGAAGGGAGUCUCUGUUAUAACUGCAAGAGUAAUCUUUGCAGUACUAGGCUGCUUCAUGCUGGGAACCUUGCUUUAUACACUUAUUGUUGAUGGAUCUCCAUUUCGUUCUGAAUUAUACACGCCGUGGGUGGUAGCAACACUAAUCGACUUCUAUAUCAAUGUUGUGGCUUUGUCGGUGUGGGUAGCAUACAAGGAAUCAAGUUGGAUGGAUGCUUUAUUGUGGAUAGUUUUUCUUAUAUGUUUUGGGAGCAUUACUACAUGUGUAUACAUAGUGCGCCAGCUGUUCUAUCUCUCUUCUGAUCACCCGAUUUUCCUUAUACUUUUCCGCAAUAAUCACAGGCAAAGAUUUGAAGUCAAGUGAUCCACCAUUGAUGGCGGGUGCCAAGGAAUAGUAAAGAUGUAUACAAUUGUGUAAGGUAAAUGUUACAUGUAUAAAUAACAUGUUAUUUGUGUCAUUGUUACAUGCUGUAUUUCAAUGCAAACCUGACGUACAUAACUAUAUACACAUGUCUCAUCUCUCAUAUGACAAGUUAAAGAUAUAUUGCUGUCACAACGGUAUGUUGUGUUGGAAAUUUUAGUGAAAAUGGGUUUAUCAUUAGA